AUGAGCCCGUGGGCCGAGACGGCUCGGGACGAGCUUGGGACUACGGGUGACUCUCGUGAAGGUGAACCAGGUGGAGUGGGUUUACCAGGUGAACCUUUUCAGAACCUGGCUGCGACUGAGGGCGGCCAAACUGUUGAUCUAGAGGUGGAACCCGAGACUAGCAUCCCAGAGGAAUCACAAAUCCCGUUGGUCACUGAUACCAAAGCUUUGAGGCCCAAAGCUGGUGAGCUUCAGUUGUCCCAGAAUGCAAUCAAUGCUCGUCUUCGUCGGGUCAUGACACCAACAUUGAAGGGAAAAACAAAAGUAUCCCAAGAAAUUGUGAAUGAUUGGCAUUCUAGCGGCCCAAGUGGCAAGAAGCGGAAACAACUGCAGCAGAUCUUUCAACUUUGCGGGUACAAUGUCGAAACCUUCGUUGAAGAGGUUGAGGUGUUGCGUCAGGAGCUGGAGGAAUCGGAGGUUGUCAUAGAAGGGGAGUACGUGAGCAAGGAUGUGAUGCUAUCUGAUUGGGGAUGGAGUGAGCAACGGGUUUCCGCAGUUAUCAGAUUUGCACGGACCAACCCUGCCAAGUACAUGAGGCGGGACCAAUAUGAGAAGAAGACCUUGUACUGGGCUGAAAAAACGAUCAAGGGAACGAUGAGGAAAAAAAGCUCGGUGACCAUGAACCGCAGGAUGAAUUGGACGGAACAGGGCGGCGCUCAGGGCUCCCUCGAGCCUGCUGACAGGGAACGUUUGGUAGCACCACCUGUUCAGCUUCCAAAGCAAAAAAAGGAAGGCGAUGAGUCAGAAGAUGAAGAAGACCCCGAUGCUGACCUUGAAGCUGACCAUUUGGGAACACUUCGAAAGCAGGCAGGGCUACCGGAAAUGCCAGACGAUGGGCUGCCAAGUGCAUCUUCUCAAAAACUCUUGUCGUGCUUGGACAAGAGGAUUGCAAGACUUCAGCAGGGAUUGGACAGGUAUGCCGAAGGUAACCUUUCAGACCUCCAGAGCAGGAUGAAAACAAAGAUUGAAGCUGCGAUUGCCGACCUUGAGGAUAUCCACAGUCGGAUCCAAACAUGCUUUUCCAAUGGCGUGGUGGAUGGUCUGACCAAACAGGUGCAGAAAAAUCUCGGGAGCCUCCAGGCUGAUGCCCAAAGGAAGGCUAUGGACGCCGUCUCAUUGGAAGGUCGCAUGAGGCAGCUCUACCCCAAGAAGGAGCAGGGCGAUGAGAGUGAGAAUAAAAAGAAACGAACGGCCAAAAAGGGCCAGGCGAAAGCCAAGGCUAAAUGUAAAGCAAAGGCCAAGGCUAAAGGCAAGGCCAAAGAAGAAUUGGCAGAUGAAGAUGAAGGUGCUAAGGUCCCGGCAUCAUCCAUCGAUGUCAUGGCGCGCAGCGCUGCUGUGGAAGCGAGGUCAAGUGACCUGAGCAUGCCGAAGGUUACCAGUAGCAGUGCCAAAAAUGCAUCUAGAGCAGCGCAUCGCAUGAUUAACCGCUACGGCUUUAAAUGGAGGAUUCCAAUUUCAGAAAUGCAAUACAAGUUUGGUACGCAAACGCUUCACUUGCCCUACAUGUCUCCCAUCGACAUUUACACUUACCUGAUCGCACAUCACCGCGAGAUCUUGUUUGGUGGGUUCACUGAAGACUGCGACGUUCAAAACUUGUUGGAAUCAUUUUGGUGUGAAUACAGGAAUGUACACCCAGGACAUCAACUGUUCCAAGACAAUGGACCUGAAGGCACAGAGACCUUUGGUUCAGUUAUCCCUGCUGUGAUCUACGGCGACGAGGGAAGAGGCCUUCGCCGGGGCAAUACGGCAUUGGUGACUUUAGAGUCUCCUUUCGGCCUCUCUUCUGCAGAGAAAUACCGAAACAAUGACCAUGCUUUCACGUGUGACAAAUGUGAUCCCGACAGCGGCUUGCAACAACAAUAUCCCUGUGCUCAUGGGUGUCCAGCGCAAGUGCCUCUUGCAGCCUAUGCCAGCACCAACUUUAAAGAGCAUGUGUUCCUGAGCAGAGUGCCACUCUUUUUGGUGCCAUGUUCUUUGUACAAGGAGCAUCCGGACCUCCUUCAAUUUAUGGUACACAAGAUUUCACAGGAGCUCAAGAAGUUGUACCAUGAAGGGCUGGUGAUUGGUGAACGGAAGUACAGAGUGACCCUCUUCACUGCACCUGUGCACUGGACGCGCGCGGCGGCUCCUGCGCCACUCACAGCUCACGGCGUCCCGCCCGGAGCUCCUGCUGUGCCUCGCGUGGCACCACCGCAGUCUGCGAAGUGGCAGGCCACAGCGUUCGCACUGGGUGCGCUGGCCUCUUCCGCGCGGACCCGUUCCAGGCGCCUGCCGCGCUGUGCGGCCGACGAGCUGGGCUACGGCCGCGAGGACGUCGGCGCGGGCGGCUCCGACGAGGAGGGGCGCUACGUGUGGGAGCGCAGGGGUAUGGAGAUAUUGGUGACAGCGCCCGUGGGAAAUGACAUCACCAAGAAGGACAUCAGCGCUCACUUCGCUCUCCGUCAGGUGUCGGUGAAGGUGAGAGGAGAAGUGCUCUUCGAGGGGAUUCCUGGAUGUGAGUUGGAAGUCGACGAGUGCUUCUGGGAGAUCGACGAGGAGGAUGGGAAGAAAGCCCUUUUCAUCCACCUGGCCAAGAGGGGCACCGCCUCCAGAUGGCCUGAGACCCUUCUGAAAGGCUGA